UCCAUUACUUACAAUCUUAUCUUAACAAAAAUAUGAAAACCCAGAGAAAAAAAAACAAAGUCUACUAUGAUCGAAUUAGAGGCUGGGCAGGGGUAGGGGGAAGGGGAAGAUCGGAGGCGAGGCGGCUGCGCGGGCCACCGCCCCCUAAGGCGACCCCGGCCAAGAGGUAAUCCCUUUCGGCCGCUUUUUGUUCGAGGUUGUACAUCGUGGAUCAAAUGAAUCGCGGCUGCAAUGGAAGAACGUGACCUUUGCAAGCUCAGAAUGGACAUCGGUGGAAAGAAUAGAUGGGGGUUGUGGUCGUUGGAGUGCCAACAUUGCCCUUGUAUCCACUCUCCCUUUAAUUUUUUGCAUCGUGCUCUGCUUCGUGAUCUUCUCAACCUUAAUAUUGGGCUAAGUUAAGUAUUUCUUUUUUGGGUCCAUGCUGCUUCAUUCUCAAUUCAAUAGGGUGGACAUCGCUCUUCCCUCGUCAAGAUUUCCACGAUCUUUCACGUUGCCAAUGAAAUCGAGAACAACAAUAACUCCAUAUAGCUUACAUUUUUCAAUCCCUUGUCUGAUUUUUUAAAAUGUGAUUAUUGUACUGGAAAUUGAAGGAAUUUUAGAACACUCAUUCAUGUGAAUUGGUGGAUUUGCUUCUACUAUGCUUGAAAUUGUGUUUGUUUUCCCUCUUCUUGGUGAUGUGGGAGAAAAAAAGAAGGGUAGGAUCAGGAUCAAGGAGGAGGCAAUUGAACAAUGGGAGCCUUUCGGAAUUGCGCUCGCCCAGUUGAGGUCGUUGCAAUGCCCAGGAGUGACUGGCGACUUCCUAUGGGUGGUAGAAGGGACGGGUAGUAGCUGGAAGGCAGCUCUCGCAUCGGUGACUUCUCGACCUUGAGGAACCUCGAAACCAUCACCCGAGGGAUCUGCCCCCCUUGACAGUAGCCCUGCCGACCACCGCCUCCACAUAUGCAUUUGGAGAUGUCGCUUCGACGGGUUGCCCCCAACGUCGACCCCCCUCCCUUCCUUCCUCUCUGUAAUUCUAAGUUAAUUAUUUUUCGGUGGACUUCCCCCGGGGAAGUGAAAGUGGAUAGCGUUUCUCUUUUGCAAUUUGGGCAACGGCCACCUCCCCUUCUUUCCUUCCCCUUCCGUCCAUAGCCGCCCCGCUCUCCUCUCCUCCUCCCUUCCUAAUAGUAAUGGCGCUUUCCGUUCCUCUUCCUCAUCGGAAUCACUCUGUCAGCACUGUCUCUCAGCAAUUGCGUGCCUCACGCCAACAGUGGCAAGCGGUGCCCUUGGGACGACGGGGACGCAGCUGCUACUUCCAAAGUAACAGUCGGUCCAACUUCCCGCCCAUUAGAGCCGCUGCGGUUGAGGCACCCACUUUCCCGCUCUUUCAACCUCUCCAGGCUGAAGAAUCGCCAUCCGAGUUGGAGCCCGCGGACCCAGAUUUCUAUAAGAUAGGAUUUGUUCGGAGCAUGCGAGCUUAUGGGAUAGAGUUUAAGGAAGGGCCUGAAGGAUUUGGAGUGUAUGCCUCCAAAGAUGUCGAGCCACUUCGCCGUGCUAGGGUAAUCAUGGAAAUUCCCCUGGAACUGAUGUUAACUGUUAGUAAGAAGCUCCCCUGGAUGUUCUUCCCAGACAUAAUACCUAUUGGCCAUCCCAUUUUUGACAUUAUCAACUCCACCGAUCCAGAGAAAGAUUGGGAUUUGAGGUUGGCAUGUCUGCUUCUAUAUGCAUUUGACAAGCAGGAUAACUUCUGGCAAUUAUAUGGGGACUUUUUGCCUAGUGCAGAUGAGUGCACUAGCCUGCUUCUAGCAACAGAGGAGGAUCUCUUGGAGCUGCAAGAUGAAGCACUCGCUUCAACUAUGAGACAACAACAAAAACGAGCCUUAGAAUUUUGGGAGAAGAAUUGGCAUAAUGGCGUGCCCCUUAAAAUUAAGCGUCUUGCUCGUGAUCCUGAGAGGUUCAUCUGGGCAGUUAGUGUGGCACAAUCAAGAUGUAUAGACAUGCAAAUGAGGAUCGGGGCCCUAGUACAGGAUGCAAAUAUGCUGAUUCCUUAUGCUGACAUGCUCAACCAUUCCUUUCAACCCAAUUGUUUUCUACACUGGCGUUUUAAGGAUCGCAUGCUUGAGGUGAUGAUAAAUGCUGGUCAACGAAUAAAAAAGGGUGAUGAGAUGACUAUCAAUUACAUGUGCGGACAAAAAAACAAUAUGUUCAUGCAAAGAUAUGGCUUUUCAUCAGCAGCAAAUCCCUGGGAUGUGAUCGAGUUUUCAGGCAAUGCACGCAUUCAUCUGGAAUCGUUCCUGUCAGCCUUCAAUAUUUCAGGCCUUCCCCAAGAAUAUUACCAUAACAGUCAUCUAUCUAGCCUUGGCGGUGGAGAUACUUUUGUAGAUGGAGCCAUCCUAGCUGCUGCAAGGACUUUACCAACUUGGUCUGACAGGGAUGUUCCGCCGAUCCCCAGCUUAGAGAGAAAAGCAGCGAAAGAGCUGCAAGAAGAGGGCCAGAAGAUGCUCUUAGCAUUUCCUACUACGUCCCAGCAAGACCAGAAAAUCCUAGACUCAAUGCCAGAAGCGAGGAGAACACUCGUAAGCGCAAUCAAGUAUAGGUUGCACCGGAAGCUGUAUAUAGAGAAGGUCAUUCAGGCGCAGGACAUGUACCAGGAGUUGAUCUUGUAUUAAUUCAUUCAGACAAGUUCCCGAUAUUGAUAGUUUGGCAAAUCGUCAGUCUCUUUCUGAGUAUCGUAAAGAGCAGCAGCAAUAUUCAUUCGCCAUCUAUGUACUGACAGCAGCUUUCUUUCUUAGUAUGGUUUUACUAGUGGGGCAGGGUCUAAGAUAAACGUUGCAUGCAGUGUUUCAGUCAGGCGAAUGACAGGCAAAAGUAGCCCAUAAUAGUGGUGGUAUGAGUAUCGCUGGCAGGGAAGCGACUCAUUAGUGUUUAUUUCA